CCCAAUAAAACUUGACGGGUGCUGCGAAAAGGCGGGAAGUUUUGCCGCCAUAUCAGAGUAAGGAAACUCUUGACUGCUCACUUCCCCAAUUUUAUUCAAACCCAUCCCUAUUUCUCUAUUCACACUCUCCAGUUUCUCCUCCAGGCACUAAUCAUCAAUUUCCAAGGAGAUGGACACGUCAAAUCCUGCAGUCUUUGUCAAUGCUGAGUUCCUCAAAGAGCACGUGGGAAGGAGGGUUCGCGCAGUGGUUCAGGUUAUGCAGUCUGAUGGUGAUACAGUCAUUGGAAAAUCAACUGAUGAAAAACAGCUAGUUUUGAAAGGAAAUCCACCUAAUCCUCUUUCAACUUUUGUUGAAGUAAUUGGUAUUGCUGACACUACCCAGUCUAUACAGGCAGAAACUUGGACCAAUUUUGGUGAUACUCUUGAUAUUACUAGCUACGACAAGGUUUGCAGACUGGCAAAUGGGGACCAUAAGCACUUGUUUAUCUGAGGAAUGGCGAUCGAAUGCUAUAGAAGAGGUUGAAUUCUAAUUUCUGCUGCAUUCUUGCAGUGUCUAAAUGUAUCAAAGUAGUUUGAAUUACUUUUUGAACAUUUGGAUCUUCAGCUUCUGUUAGUUAUCAGAAGUUUAGUUCUGUGGUAGAUAGAAACUUGUUUUGUUUUUGCUAUUUGGUAUUGAACCCUAUAUUUGUGGUUCCCUUAGCUAGUCAUUUUGACUUCAAAUGAACUGUGUUACAUAA